GCUUUGAGGCUCGAGCAUACGGUCGCAAAAAAGGCUCUCAGCGGGACGUCCGAGAGACCGAGCAUUGAAGCCUACAAGUGGAUGGAGAGGACCAAUAGCCCUACGGUUAAAUCACGGUCAUCACUCCACAUUAACCUCAAUAAAGGUAUAUGCGCCGUGUGAUCAUUCAUCCGCUUCUUCGUCCGUUGAUCGCUCUCCCGAUUCUCUUACUGAUCAUGCAUGCUCUGAAAGCACAAUGGUAUCGCUUGGGGAAAGGGAAAGGGAAGUCUAUGAGUAAAACCUCUGACACUGGAGUUCAAAAUGAGGAAACUGAGUAUCCUAAUCCAAAUGGGCAACGAAUAGUUGUAGGCCAUUUUAUGCUCGGGAACACAUAUCCUUUUCAGCCCGAAGAUUGGGAAAGGGUUUUUAGUCUUGCCCAAGACACCUCCUUAGACGGCUUGGCCUUAAAUAUAGGCCCAGAGGAAUGGCAACUCUCUCAGGCACAAGUAGCCUACAAUAUCCUCUCGUCACGGCCCACCCCAUCCAAUGCACGACCCCUCAAGCUCUUCUUGUCUCUCGACAUGAAUGUUUUAUCUCCCUCUCCUUCAGAACUGUCAACACUUAUCAUCAAAGUUAUUUCUUCUGGCCGAGACUCGCAAAUGAGAUGGGAUGGGAAGGUGUUACUGAGCACAUUCUCCGGGCACUCUUUAGGUGACGAUGGCUGGAUAGAUGUUCUGCGUCUUGUAGAAAGGGGAUUGGGAGAAGAAGUGACGUUUUGGCCGGCUUUCUUUAUGCCUCCAGAAGAUUUCUUGGGGAAAAGUUAUGUUGAUGGUGCAUUUGCAUGGAACAAUGCUUGGCCUAUGGGUAACCAUACCAUUAAUCUUGAAGAGGACCGCCCGUUUUUGGAGAGCAAGAUACCGUACAUGGCGGCGGUAUCUCCACUCUUCUUUACUCAUUAUGGUACUGAAGGAGAAUUCGGCUGGAACAAGAACUGGAUUUACCGGUCGGACGAUCUUCUUUUGCCUUCUCGAUUCCUCUCUCUUCUCUCACUUCCCAAUUCUCGCUCACCCUCCAUCGUACAACUGAUCUCCAUGAAUGACUAUGGGGAAUCACACAACCUCUUUCCAGUUAUGGGAGCCCAACCUGGGUCAGAUUCAUGGACUUCAGGCAUGGACCACGAGGGUCUGAGAUGGAUAAGCAAAUACUUCUUGCAGAGGUGGAGAGAUGGAAAGGGAGAAGUGGAAGGUAUAGAUGAAGUGAAGCUUGUGCUAUGGUACAGGACAAAGCCAGCUGUGAUGGAAACCGAAGAUUCUGUAGGGAGACCACGGAAUGCCGACUGGGCACAAGACUUGAUCAAUCUUUUUAUCAUCAUCCCCUCAUCCUCACCCUCUUCUCGUUACAUGCUUCAAAUUCGGAAUGGUCCUCAUCUCCAUCGACGUCAUCUUUCCUGUGAAAAGCUUAACCUUUUGACCGUCCCUUUUGUACCUGGUCAAGUUACAUACGAAAUCCUAGAAAAUGAGAAGAUGAUUAUCCAAGGUGAAGGGAAAGCAAUUGAGGCAGAAGGCGCAUGGAAUUUCAAUAUGUGGAGUGGCGGAGUCUUUUGAAUACACAGCGGCGAUCCUGUAUAUAUUCGAGCUGUAUCAUGCCUGGUUUGUAGUUUGUUGAUGCAAAUCAUCGUAGCUAGG